AUGGCCUCGUCCUCGUCGUCCUCAUCGGCGGCAUCCUCCCUUCCCAUUCCCCCCAAGCUUGCCACUCCUCAGUCCGUCAAGGGCCCUGGUGGUAGCUCGGCAUCGAUGGACGAGGUCGUCUCCUUCUACAAGGCGCUGCCCAAGGGAGAGGUCAAGCUCAAGAAGGGACCCUUCUCCAACCCGGGUAACGGCAGGCCCUUGGUCAUCGGCAUCGCCACUCUCUUCCUGGUCGGCUACACCAUGGACUACCACAUGCACCUCAGUAAGUAG